AUGGCGCUAUCACCGCCGCCGCUGCCUUCGCGAUUUCCGUGCUGGUGUCGAGCCAUCUACUCUUGGGGAGGCGAGUCGAAACGCGACCUGGGAUUUAUCGAGGGCGACUUGAUCGAAUGUCUGAAUGCUGGAGACGGUUCGUGGUGGGUGGGCAGGCUAUUUCGAGAUCGGAGGACGGUUGGGUCAUUCCCGUCCAAUUUCGUCGAGGUACUACCAGAAGACUUUCGGCCAACAAAAACACCGAGUCCUAUACCGCCGAAUAUAGCGUCAGGGCCCAAGGCGGUGCCGCAGAAAUCACGAACGUUCCGGAAACCGUUCGAGGCCUAUGCCAAAGCACCGCAUUAUACCACAGCAAAACAACCAGAAACAUUUCGAGAAACACCGACGUCGCGUCUGAAAGAGAAGCCGUCUCGGGUGUCAACUACGACAUCGCGAUCAAGGGGAAAUUCGGCCGCCAACUCCAGCACUGCUCUCGUCCUUGCAAGAACUGCUCAUGAGGACAUCUCUCGCGCUCCCUCACCCUCAAUCUCUCCAGCAAAUGGCUAUGGAUCCAGAGCUCCAUCACCAGCUCCGUCCAUGGGCCGUUCACCAAGCCGCCCACCAAGCCGGUUGGAGAAUAUGACGAGGAGCGAUUCUCCACCGCCUCCGGCACCGCCACCUCAUAGACAUGUUGCGCGGACGGAUUCCGACGAAGCAACGCAGGGCUAUCAAUCAAUGGCGAGGCACGGGUCCACGGUAUCGUACAACCCAUCCAGCCUAUCAAGACAAGGCUCUACCGUUUCAUACAACCCCGCGGAAAUAACACGAACGGGUUCUACCGUUUCAUACAAUCCGGCAGAUAUAACGCGAACGGGCUCCACGGUUUCAUACAACCCAGCAGAUAUAACAAGGACGGGCUCUACCGUUUCGUACAACCCCAUGGAUGUUAUGCGUUCUACCGUUUCGUACAAUGGACCAGAGAUCCCAAGGCACGGCUCUGCCAUGUCGUAUGAGCCAUACAGUCCAGCUCGUCAUUCCAACGGCUCGUACACAGAUCUUCAGGAUCUCACAAGGCGGGAGUCCUACAAUUCCUACGACGAUGGCAGCUACGGGAGCCGGCGCGACGGAUACCACACACCCAAGGGUAGCGGUUCCCAUCGACCAUCAAUGGAGGGGAGCCACAUGACGCCGUCACCGUUACGCGAAGCGAUGGAUGACGUGAUGCAGCAGUUGGAUCGCUUGGAAGGCAUAGGAGGUCGUGAGACGGAGUCGCCAGAGAGAUCGUUUGAUCCUUGGUCCCCUGAUUCUUUCGACAUGGUAGCACCGCAACAAAGGCAAAAGGCACGAGAGCGCAUUAGGCCGCUGACCUCGAUAGGAAUAGCUUUUGACGAGGGAUACGAGACUUGGAGUGGAAAUUCUUCGCACAAUGCCUCACAACAGGAUGGACAUCGCGGGAAAAAUUACGAGCCCCAUCUCAGCAAUUACGUGGAGAGGAUGGAGAAGCAGAUCCAAAGAAUGCACCAACACAGCUCGAGCAUGCCAGCCGUGGUGAAUCAUGAUGACGAUGACGAUGACGAUAAACCCCCACCCCCACCGCCAAAGGGGCAUCAUUACUUGCGCUCAAAGUCUUCCAUAGGGUCAACAGUAGGAGAGUUGGUUUCUUUGGACAAAAGAGCACGGGGACGAAAAUCGCCAUACGAUAUGGUGUCUGGCAUCGAGCGCACCAAUACAACGAAAACGACCCAGACAAAUGCGUCAACCGGCAAUCAGAGUAACAGUAGCUCUUCGACCCAGAAUACCAAUAGGACCGUUUGGAGUGGCGUCUCUGCCGGUGGUUUUAGUGCGACAAGCGCCGGAAGCUUGGCUCGGACCGCCCACCGUGCUCAGAGUUCGUUUAGCAUGCGCAACGAUGAAGGGGACCGGCCUGACUCGCCAUUUACAGGCGUGACUUACCAUAGCAGUCAUGCUAGCAACUAUGCUGGAGGUGGGAGCGGAAGUGGGUUUUCUCGGCCGAUAUCUCAAGUUGGCAUUCAUGAUGAAGGUACCCCUGGAUUGGGUGGACUUGUUCAGCCCAAGUCUCCGAAACGAAAUAUCUUCAAGAAAAUCCUUGACUCGGCCAAAACGGGCGUCGCUAGCAAUCGGGGUAGCAUCGCUGCCGGCCAUGUACCUACCGUGAGAUCCUCGCCCUUUGCUCGCCUGCAGCAGCCGCAUGGUAUGGCACCCGGAGCAAGCAUGCUCUCAUUGAGCGGCGCUCGUUCUAGGCGUGAUGCCGCCAGGGAGAUGGGCCUUGGCGCUGCCAUUGACUGGGUUCAAGUCCGGCGGGAUGUCAACCGCUCCAAUUCCAUCAGCAAGAUCGAGCGGACCGAGCGCAGGGAGCGCUGCCAGAUGCAGGACCACCCCACCCUCAAUCCUGUCGAUGAGCUCUAUGAGGGGAUCGAAGGUGACGAGGGAGCAGACGGCAUGCCGGUUCAUAAACCAGAGAAUUACCACAUGAUCAACCUCAGCCAGGUGGACAAAAACUCACGGUUCGUAAAGGAGCCACCUCCGGGUACGACGGUGGCGACGCUUGCGCAGACGUACAUCUGCAGGCCGUACAGGAGCGAUUUGCAGCGGCUGCGUGCUAUAUUUACCUGGGUUGCCGAGAAGAUUACCUGGGAGGAAGAUUUCGAGGGCGACGCGGAUACUGAGCGAACUAUCCUCCAAAAGAGGGGUUGCGCAGAAGAAUAUGCCUUCCUUGUGAUGGAAAUGUGCUCCGCUGUUGGGCUGCACUGCGAGGUCGUAAGGGGUUACUUGAAAGCCCCAGGCGACAUUCCAGACCUCAACGUGAUGCCCAGAUCCAAUCACUGGUGGAACGCAGUCCUUGUUGACGACGAGUGGCGCAUGAUAGAUGCCUGCCUAGCAAGCCCGUCGAAUCCCAAGCGUGCGCUCUACUCCAGUGCCUCCUCGUCGUCGGCAGACUUUUGGUGGUUCCUCACACGGCCGACUGAGAUUUGCUGGACGCACGUGCCGGAACAUCACGACCAGCAGCAUAUCGUGCCCCCAGUGGCCUAUGACACGCUACUAAACCUGCCAUGCACAUGCCCGGCGUAUUUCAAGAACGGUAUCGAACUGGUUGACUUUAACACCAGCCUAACCAGGAUAGAAGAUCUUGAGAUGGUCCACAUCACGUUCAACGUGCCGAGCGAUGUUGAGAUCGCAGCCGAAGUUGAAGCACGAGCAUUGUCAAGGGAUCACGAUGGCGAUUUGUUUGAGAGUGGCGACAUCGUGAAGAAGAAAGCGCUGGCGCAGGCUGAGUGGUUCAAUGGUGUGAAACGCUACACAGUCAAGGCGCUACUCCCCGGCGACGAAGGCCAGGGCAUGCUGAAAGUUUAUGCCGGGAAAAGGGGCUUGAUGCAAAGUAUCAAGGAUAUUCCCCAUCCUUUGGCCUUUACUCUACCUAUUAUCCACCAGGGCGAGAAUCCGCCUUAUGAAUUUGUUACGCGACAUCCGACUCCUCACGCACAGAGGCAUGAUAUUUAUGUUGUCCAACCUCAGUGUCAGCAACUGGCUCUGAACAAUACCUUUGUCUUUGCCAUCAGGCAGCACCCCAGCUCCAUUUCGGGCGGGCCGCAGUCGACCCUCACACCGGCAUCGAAUCCUGGGUCGACAAGCCCAGUUCCCUUCAUUCGGCCAUCAUCGGCGAUGAGCAUCAACGCCUCUAGUGCGAGCGGGUCGAAUCCCAGCUCAGCCAGCGGGACCGUUGCGGGAAAGAAGCCCGCCAAACUGGCAAUCCAGACACCAGGAGGCAAAAUUCUUCGUCUUAUGAGAAAGGAGGACCGUAAGGGGAUCAGCGUUGGAUCGAGGACUCCAGACGAAGAAGUUAGCGACGGCGGCACUUGGGAGACAAUCAUCAAGUGCUCCGAGAAGGGCCUUUGGAGAGGCCUUAUACAACAGCAGCAACAGCAACAACAUAAUCAGCAGCAGCACCCAGCAGCGCUUCACCAUGGCCAGCAGCCCAUGUACCCCGGCGCAAUGGCCCACGAGCAGCAGUUCUACCACCAGAGCCCGCAGCCUCAUCCCCAGCCUCAGCCUCAACACGGCAUGUAUAUGCAGCCGCAGCAGUUCCAGCCGCCGGUGCACCAGCCGUCGCCGUACGGCGUUGGCUUCAACGGCUUCGUCAACUACGAGGGUGGAGGCCAUCACCUACCGCCGACGGGCCAAUACCUGCCGCCAAACAACGUCUGGCAGCAGCAGCAACAGCAUCACCAGCAGUCCAUGAUGCAGCAGCCGAUGCAGCAUCAGGCUCUCCCUCACCAGCCGUUACCGCCGCAGCAGCAGCAGUCUCUCCAACACGUCCACCAGGUCCAGCGCCAACCGCAACACCAUCAACCGUCCCCGAUAUAUCAUGCUCAUACACCCUCGCCUGCGCCCUCUCUUCCUCCACAACCGUCGCCUAUAAGAACACAGGCGCCGCCGCCUCUUCGACCGCCGUCUAAUCCGCAGCCGCUACAACACCAGUCACCUGCGCCUCAACUGGCACCUCAACUGCCGCAAGUACACCAGCAACAACAGCAGCGACAGCAACAGGGAGAGGAGCAGCACCAACACUAUCCUCCGCAGCCUCAACAACAUCAGCAGCCUCAGAAGCAGCAGCAGCAACCGCUUCCACCACCUCCUCCUCCACCACCACAGGUGCAGUCGCAACCGCAGUCGCAACCGCAACCGCAGCCUCCCAUACCUCAACCAAGCCAGAGCGCCGAGAAGCCCCAGCAGGAUUUGCUUCCCGAUCCGCCGCAACCUCCCCAAUAUGUACAUCCUUCAGAGCUCCAGCAGGAGCCGGUACACUAUGUCAACCUUCAAGAUAUUCAGAAGCAGCCGUCGAUUACCUCUUUGCCUAUAUCCACGACGACGAGCUCGCCGAUUGUCCCCGUCACCAGCCAAGAAAAACCUAAAGAGUCUAUCGUCGUCAAGCCCUUGUAUCCCAGUGCGAUGCCGAUCAAGCAGGAAAAGCAGGAAGACGAUUCUAUUGCGACUCGAGUAUUUCAGCAAAUUCCCGACGCUCGCAUCAAACCCAGUCCGCAUUCCUCAGUCACCAACUCACCUUCACUAUCCAUGAGGUCCCCCAGCAUCACUAAGAAGUCGCCCGCAGUGACACCUAAACCUCGGCCCGUGAACACGGCGCCUUUAAUGAUUGCCGUUGCGGAAGAGUGCCUCGAAAAGGCGCGCAACGCCUCGCACGACGUGGCCAUGGCUCUAUGUCCGAACCAAGUCGACGAAUACCAAGAGCUGAUUGCGACGUCAUUAUCAUGCCUAGAGGCUGCAUUGCAGAGUAAUUCACAGCUUGCGCCGCGGGAAGAGGCGCGCAUACGAAUAAGAUACGCUGCUCUUUUACAAGAGGAGACGGAGAAUUUAAUGGAGGCGGAGACGGCUCUAGCAAAGGGUAUCCCGCUUUGCGACAAGCACCGUCUGUUUGAUCUGAAAUAUUGCAUGCAAUAUCUUAUGCUCAAGGUUUUGUUCCAGAGGAAUCAUAAAGCAGCAUUAAAAGCGGUAGACAGUCACAUAUCUAACUGCGAAGUAUUCAAGCAUGUGCAAUGGUACUACGCGUUUCGCCUAUUAAAAGCCUCCUUUUAUCUUGAUAUUGGAAGUAUAUCUGACGCAGGCGCCCUUGACAAUAUACGAUCCAUCCAGAACGUCGCCAACACUAGAGGCGAUACCGCGCUCUCCGUCCUCGCCUCCUUAAUAGAAGGGUUCACUCUCCUCAAGACGACCAAGGACGGCAACAUGGAGAAGAUCCAGGCCUGCAUCGCGCAGGUGGCUAAAUAUCAGUUCGAUCCGUCAGUGCAAAUCACACAACUCACCAUGUUGACGCUGUUACUCGAAGUUGCAGCAAGUCUACACCACCAGAACCCAGACCAUACAGCCCAGAAGCUGCGGCAGCUGCAGGUGUGCCUGGACGAUUGCGAAGAUUGGCAUAAUGUCAAGUCGGACUUUCUCGUGCCCAUCAAGAAGGAGCCGUCUGCGGGCAGGACUGUGAGCGAUGAUACCCAGGCUAUUCUGCGGGUGGGCGAGGGUGAGGGCGAGAUGGAUUAUCUAGUCAUGACGUUUAUGACGAAGAUGGAGCUGAGAUCGCUUGUAUUUACCAUUAGCGGCCUGGCCAACUUUCACAAGCCUUCUUCACAAGGUCGCAGAUCAACAGAGUUCUGGAAGGAAGGCCUCAAGAUACUCGAGACAUGGGACUCUUCAACGGCAGGCAUACCAUACGGCGCCCCCGUCCCCUUGAAUGUGGCAAUCAAGCAGCGGGCUUGGCGGAUAGAGGCUCAGGCUUAUCUAACUGUUCUCUUGGGAUUGGUAGCGGCCAGUCACUGUCAAUGGGCAACGGUUAAGCAGAUGGUUCAGAAUCUUGAGUCUUUUGUUUCUCCCUCAACGCAGCCUACUGUGAGAUUGCUCUCCAUCUAUCUAAAGGGCGUAUAUCACCAGGGCAUCGGCAGCCUCCAAGCCGCCCUCGAUGUCUUCAUGGAUGACCGCUUCAAGGUCCAACAGCAAGGAAGCAUCGGAAUCAAGGCCGGGCAGCAGGAGAUUGCGCUGCUUGCAGGGCUGAACAGGCUCUGGAUCAUGCAGCACCCGUCUUGUCGAAAUGACCAGGAAACCUUGGAUCUCAUCGAGCAGCUUCAGCCACACUGUUCCAACCACGGCAACAUCGAUCUCCGGACUGCAUGGCACAACGUCAUGGCGGCCUUGGUGACAGAUCCCCCUCAGCAGCUCAACCAGCAAAAGCAGCACAUCCACGCCGCCAUGGCAGGCUCCAAGGUUACUAGCAAUGUGCUCGGAGCCGCGGUGACGCUCUGCAUUAUGCGCAGCCGCUUCUUCGAAAAUGUCAUUGGCGAGCAGGCUCUGAAAAGCGCUCGGGCCGCGGCGAAGCAAGCGGAAAGGAGCGGCAACGUGCUAUGGCAGAGCGUGGCAGACGGCAUGCUGGCACAGUCGUAUGAGGUGCAGGGACAGAGAGACGAAGCCAAACAAGAGUGGGACAAGGCAACCGAGGAAGCUAGAGACGCGUUUUCCAGGAGCUUGUGA